CCUCCUCCUCCUCCUCCUCCUAGCCGCCGUGGGGCCCAAGCGGUCUCUUGUCAGCGCCCGAUUGACGGCGGCGAUGCGCUGCCGAGCCGCGACGGCGAUGCUUUGAGGGAAUGCAGCUGGUGCUCUACUUCGGAGUGAGCUGCCUCUAGGAGGAUCUCGGCGCUAAGCCCUGUCUCCUCUGCAAGGGGUUCGGCUGCGUAGAGAAGGCUAAGGUUGUCAUCUGCAAGGAUGGACCAGUCGGAGGCGCGGACCAUGGCGGCCCUGGGGGAUCGGAAGCGGCGAGCUGUGGUCAACGAAAUGGCCCUUGGCUACGGGCUGGGGGACACGCUCAUCGAGAGGAAGGGCAAGGUGAGACUUGACCUGGAGGAGGCCAGGGAGAUUGCAGCGCAGGCGGUGCGCCUCAAGUUGGCGCCGCGGACGCCUCCUCGGCGCACCAGGGUCUCGGAGGCGGUCUGGAUGGACAGCGAGAUCGCGAAGGAGGCGCGCAAGGCUGCCAAGCAGAGCUUCGUCGGGCAGGUUAGCUCGCGGAGGCGAGCUGUUGGUGCGGGCGAUUCGGAGCAGGUCGCGGGCGCGGAGCCGCAGAUCAAGGCGAACCCGUCCGAAGCGGGGCGGCGGAGGCGAAGGGCGCGACAAAGGCGGCGAGCCCAGCCAGGCGGGAUCGAGCGCGGUCCAGCAGUUCAUCCUGCGGGGGAUUACCUACUCAGGGAGGCCCGCGCCCGCAAAAAUUGCUGGUCGGCAGAGUAGUCGAAGGCGUUUCGGCAAGUGGCCCAGUUUUGGCCCAUCCUG